GGUGCCGGCCCCUCGCGCCGGCCUGCCCCCAGGCCCGCUGUAGGAGGGGGCGGAGGACUGCCUGCGGGCAGAGGCUGGGAAGAACGGUGCUGUCAGCCCACUCUGCCCCACGAAAACAGCCCGGCCGCAAGCUCCGCGGGGUGGGUGGGGGGCGCUCCCGAGACCCCACCCGCCAUGACAUGGCGGCCCGGGGCGGGGCGGCGGCCGGGGACCCGGCAGGGAGCGGGCCCCGCUGCCCAGCGCGGCGUGGCGCGACCCGUCGCUCGCCCCUGCCCGUCGAUGGGGGUGCUGGCGUUGGCGCUUCUCUGCUGCCUGCUGCGGGCAGGCAGCGCCGCCCUCUUGGCGCCUGCAGGCACCCGGCUUGGGGAGGAGGGCGGCGGCGGCGAUCGUCCGGGCCGCCCUCCGUGGGACGGAGGUGGCCGGGAGAAAGAAGCGGCGGCGGCGGCCCUUCGGGAAAGUGCUAAAAGAAUUAGAUUACUAAAUUCAUCAUCAAAAGAUAAUAUGACUGCUUUCUAUGGAAUAAAUCAGUUUUCUCACCUGUUUCCUGAAGAGUUCAAAGCUAUUUACUUAAGAAGCAUACCUCACAAACUUCCCAGAUACAUAAAAGUGCCAAGCGGAAAGGAAAAGCCUUUGCCCAAGAAGUUUGACUGGAGGGACAAGGAAGUCAUUGCAGAAGUGAGAAAUCAGCAAACAUGUGGAGGCUGCUGGGCUUUCAGCGUUGUGGGUAGUGUAGAGUCUGCCUAUGCAAUUAAAGGAAAUAACCUGGAAGAACUCAGUGUACAGCAGGUUAUUGACUGUUCAUACAAUAAUUAUGGCUGCAGCGGGGGAUCCACUGUUAGUGCUUUGAGCUGGCUGAACCAGACAAAAGUAAAACUCGUGAGAGAUUCAGAAUACACUUUUAAAGCUCAGACAGGACUAUGCCAUUAUUUUGGACGCUCAGAUUUUGGAGUAUCAAUAACAGGAUUUGCUGCGUAUGACUUCAGCGGUCAGGAAGAAGAAAUGAUGAGGAUGCUUGUUAACUGGGGCCCUUUGGCAGUAACAGUAGAUGCAGUUAGCUGGCAGGAUUAUCUUGGUGGCAUCAUACAGUAUCACUGCUCCAGUGGAAGAGCAAAUCAUGCUGUUCUCAUCACUGGUUUUGACAGAACAGGUAAUAUCCCGUACUGGAUUAUACAGAACUCUUGGGGGCCUACAUGGGGAAUAGACGGCUAUGUUCGUGUUAAGAUAGGCGGCAAUGUCUGUGGUAUAGCAGAUACAGUUUCAUUAGUAUUUGUUUGACACUUCCUGGCCAAAGACCACGAUUAUCAUUUGGAUAACAGUUUGGCACACACUGUAUGUGAAGAUUUUCUUCAAAGGAGCAUUUUCAAAAAUAAGAAACAACUGUAAGGGCAAUUCCUGCUUUUCAGCAGUACAGGAAUGGGUUGGCUGGAGUUUUUAAAAAUUCCACUGUUUGGAAUGUGUGUUGCAUAUUAAAUCUCUCAUGGAAUAAGAAGACUCGGAAUUGACUGCAGAGUACACAAAAAGAAGUUACAAAGACGGACUGAAACUGUGAGUGGGAACUGUAUCCAGGUGUUGAAUACUACUCCAUAAAACAGUCUUACAAGGAAAGAAGUGAUGACAAAUGAUAAGGAAUCUGGAUCAAAUAAUGAAUAGUAUGACAGAAUAUAAUCAAAAGACUUUGAAUCAUGAAGAACCAUGAUUAGGUCUGCUUUUAUGGGGUGGGGAGGAAGGGCAGUUGGAAGAAAAUACUCUCUGUUAUGCUUUGAUAGAUGUCUUGGCUUUUCUAGUACCUCUGACAGACAUGUACAUUUUGUCUUCCUCCUUUUUAUGAAAUCUUACCUUUCCUCUACAGCUAGAAUACUAGAAGAGGGAAAUGGAGAGUUAAAGUUGUUCCCUGAGCACCCAUGGUCUCUGAAGUGCUGCAGUCCUUCACUUUCAGUCUUCAGACUGUUAUUGGGUAAAUAUGACUUCAGAGAUUUUCAGAGCAGGGAGUGUGUUUUGGAAAGUGCCUGGAAUAUCAGAGUCUUCUGGAUUAAUUUGUUAGAUGGAUAGAAAAUUAAGAAGUAACUGUAUUUAGACAAACAGAGGCAGUUCUAGUGGUUUAACAUCCUGUGUCCUGGCAGGAUGUAUGUGUUUGCAAAUCAACAUUUCCGUGCUUUGAGAGCUGUGUCAGUUCCAUGCCUUCUCUCUUCUCUACUUCACGUCUAACAGUGAAGCCAGUUGCAAAACAGAAAUUAAAAAAGGUACUUAUUAUAGAAAAAAUUGUGAGGGUGAGGUUUGUUUGAGUAUUUAUUUGCGACCUUUAGAAAGUCAGCAAUUACAGAGUACCCCAAAUAGAGUGGAUGUUAAAUUUCCCUAUAUUAACUGAAAUGAUAGGUGGGACUUGCUGGGAAUCAAAAAGUGAUUCCAGCCCUGCUGACCUGUAAAACUGCACUUACAGGCAAAUGUAACUGGAAUUCACAACCAAACAACAUGUAAUUCUGAAAUGCUCUGAACCUUUCAUCUGGAAUGCUUUACCUGUAUCUUUUAUGAAGCACUACUAUGAAAAGUAUUGAAGUAAUUUUGUAAUUUUUGCAUCCAACUUACUGAACCAUGUUAAUAGAUCAGCAUAUUGUAACCUUUUUAUGACAAAUGCAAUGAGUGUUCAUAAAUGUCUGUUGCAAGUAUUGUCAUUUUAGUCUUUCUACUUCUAAGCGUUAAUAUUUUAAAUGAAAGGAAGACCAAGUGCGAUGUUCCGCUACUUCAGGUUCCACUCCUUACUGAAUUUACUGGCUGAAAACUUGAGAUUAACAAAAGGGAAAGUCUUCUGUAGUCUUACAGUCUUCUGUAGUCCAGCCUUCCCUUAGCAGUUCACAAACAGCAGAUAGCACACUUCCAUAACUAGAAAACAACAGCCAGAGUGCCCAACUGGCAUUGCUAAGAGUAGUGUUGUGACAAUAGUAUCAAACACAGGUGUUCCACCAGUGUUUUUGAGGUGGUACUACCAGCCAUAAGUACUAAAGUCCUGAGAUACAGAGCAACUCACCAGAAAUUAAGGCCUACAGUCUAUUACCAAGGAGAGUGUUUAAAAAGAUGGGAGUCCAUCUAAGGAGAAGACAGCACAGCUUUAUGAAUAUUCUACAGCCAAUUUUGCCUCACUUUUAUUAUAUAUCAAUUUUAUCCUUAUUUCAGUGAUACUUUGAAUAAAAAACACUUUAAAUGCC